GCGAGGAGCCGGUAAACGGGCCCCAGCGAGGAGCCGGUAAACGGGCCCCAGCGAGGGGCCAGGGGCACGGGCCUUCCCCGGCCGCCGAGGCCUCGCCUCCCUGCCCGGGCCGCCGCGGCUCCGCCCGCGCCUGGAAGCGACCCGAGCACCCUUUCGGCAGAGCCCGGGCGGCCCCCCCGCAGCUGUUCCCCGCGGCCGCGGCUCUGCCCCCGCUCUGCACGGGGGAUGGCUCGGCAGCGCGGCGGGUUCCUGCAGGAGGCAGCUCACCAAAUCGUCGCGGGAGGCUCGGCGGGUCUUGUAGAAAUUUGCCUGAUGCAUCCCCUUGAUGUAGUGAAAACAAGGUUCCAAAUUCAAAGAGGGAAAACUGAUCCGACCAGUUACAAGAGCCUGGGGGACUGUUUUAGGACUAUUUUCCACCGAGAAGGAUUGCUUGGCUUCUACAAAGGAAUUUUUCCUCCCAUCUUGGCUGAGACACCCAAAAGGGCAGUGAAGUUUUUCACCUUCGAACAAUACAAGAAGCUUCUAGGAUAUGCAUCACUACCACCAGGAUUGGCAUUUGCCGUUGCUGGCUUGGGAUCUGGGUUGACAGAGGCGGUUGUGGUUAACCCUUUUGAAGUAGUAAAGGUUACCUUACAGACAAAUCGGAAUGCCUUCACAGAGCAACCAUCUAGCUUUGUUCAAGCUCGGGAGAUCAUUAAAACCAGUGGGUUGGGCUUCCAAGGACUCAACAAAGGUCUUACUGCAACACUGGGCCGUCAUGGAGUUUUUAACAUGGUUUACUUUGGAUUCUACUUCAAUGUGAAGAACAUUCUUCCAGUCAAUAAAGAUCCAAAUUUGGAGUUUUUGAGGAAAUUCGGAAUUGGGCUGGUCUCGGGAACAAUAGCCUCAAUUAUUAACAUUCCUUUUGAUGUUGCAAAAAGUAGGAUUCAAGGACCACAGCCAGUUCCUGGAGAGAUCAAGUACAGAACCUGUUUUAAAACUAUGGCAACAGUCUAUAAAGAGGAAGGAUUUCUGGCUCUGUACAAAGGUUUGGUUCCCAAGAUCAUGAGGCUUGGUCCAGGGGCUGUAAAGAACAGAUGCUAAAAGGCCAAUCGCAUGAGCUGGGAUGACUUGCGUAAGCCUAGAAGACCACAACGAUAAGGAUAGUUUAAAAUUGGGUUUGUUGUUUGACCCCUUCUCACUUGUUGAUAGUCCACAUUCAGGAGCACAAUGGUUGAGAACCAGAUCAUCUUUGACUUUUAGACUAUUUUUCCCUGACUGGCUUCGAUUUAUCAUGAAAGCAGAGCAUGGAGCCCUUAGGCUUGGCCGGCCCACAUAUGCAGUUUGUGUCAAAAACAGCUGAAGCCCCAAUUUGAACAGUAUCACAUCGCUGGGAAAUUGUAUUUCUAGUUGUGCAGCGUGAUUUAAUAGGCAAGAACACACAUGGUUAAAAGCAAGUAAGUACAGAGACUGUUCUGCAGUAUAAAGGAGGCACUAGGUUUGUCUGUAAAUGUUUGCAUAUCCAGUGUGUCUGGCUAAGUGCUAGAACAUGCCUGGUUAUUGUGCAGGGUAAAGGAAGAAGGUGGGGAAGGGAAACAAGGAAGCUAGGCAUAACUCUGGAGCUAAAAGCCUUUUCCCUCGUACUCCAAAGAUACUAAAUUACAUACAGGACAAAUAGAAGGCAGGGUUUCACUUCCCCGGUGCCCAUUAGCACAACAGGUUUUGGAAUAAAAUUUUAACUCACAAAUGACUAUUCGUUCUGGCCCCGAUCCAGCAAGUCAGUCAAGUGUGCACGUAGUUUUAAACGCUUUUGUAGUUCCACUGACUAAUAUAUAGAUGUGGCUUUCUGAUGAAACAAUAAUGCAUUCUUCGUUGUGACUAGAAAGGUAAUUCCUUCUUUCAAUAUGUGAAUGCUUUCAGAAGAAGAGAUACCCAAACAAAUCACACAGUAUAAGAAUUGGAAUUGGUCUUGAUUUCAGUUCACAUCACAUCUUAGACAUUGUGUCUAUGACUUGUUUGAUGGUCAAAGCCUUUCAAGAACUUUUCUCUGUCUAGCUCUCUGUUUAUUGCUGCUCAUAGAAGAUUCCAAGUCUGAUAAUGGUUAACACAGAUAAGUAACAUGGGAAAACUCCUCUAGUAGUUCCUGGUUGUCUGAGCCUAUCCCAUCUACCUGGAAAGAUGAGCCCAGUUCAGCAGAAGACUUGUUAGCGGUGCCACUUUGACCUCUUAACUCAGCCAACAGGCAAAGGAAAAGGAAAAGAAAAUAUUUAUGUCCCAGUGCUGGCACCUACAAGUAACACAUUGUAACGCACUUCUAAUCCUGCAGCCUGGAAUCAGAUUUUCUUUCCCCAUCUUCUCCAACUCGAAGCUUCUCUAUAUGCUCAGUGUUAUAUAUAUAUAUUUAUACACACAAACACACACAUACACUUUCUGAAAUGUUCCCUUCUUUAGGUCCUACAGUAAUUACAGCCCAGUUACAGAAGGGCUUUAGUCUCACUUCGCUAACAGUAAAGAUACUUCAUUGCAUCAAGCUGGGAUUUUAUACUAUUAUCAGUUCGAGCAGAUAAAGUCAUUUCAUCAGAUGAAAACUUUGCCUGUGGAUUCAUAGCCAGGUACAGGCACAGCCAGAUUAUACUCAUUUCGAUAUUGUGAUCUUCUGCUUUAGACAUGGUAAACAAACAGCUGAAAAGUUUUCUUGAAUCUUACCUGAAAGCAUUUUCAUCACCCUGGUGAUGAAUUUUUUGUCAUUCCACCACUGAAGCUGCUCUUUCAUGGACAAAUCUAACUCUAAACACACAAAUAUAUAUAUAUUCAUAUUAAUAACUUCACUUGUAAACGAACAAAGAAAAAUAUUAAUCUUGAAAAUCUGUUAAAAGGACUCACAUUGAGGGUGAUUUUAAUUUAAUAUACAAGCUUUUUACAUCGACAUUAUGGUCUAAUAUUAAGUAAAAUUGGUACGGUUUAAGAAUUAGUGAAUUUUUAGCCAAUUAGGGAUUUAGUAGAAUUAUUCAUUUUGCAAAUAAAGCUUUGGCAUAUCCUAGUUUAGAUUACACACUACAAAUAGUCUGCAAUAUCUUGAAAUAUUGAAUUUUACAUGUAGUAAAAUACUAUCUUUUC